GUUAUGCUCUGUAUGUAAAAAUCGCUACGUUAGGUUAGUGAAAAUGCCAGUCAGUCGAGUUAGUGUCGGUGACACGUCAAAAAAGGUUAUUUCGGUAUUCGAUAUUCAAAUUCUCCCAGAGGAUAGGGGACAGAAAUUUGGACAAAUGGAAGAAGAGGCCAGUGAACAGAUGCGACCCCUCUUGACAUCCGGGAACGAUGAUGAGGCGGUGGUGGACCUGGGGAAGACUAGCUCCUCCAUUCACACCAACUUUGAGAAAGAGGAGCUAGAGAGUCACAGAGCGGUCUAUGUGGGUGUCCAUGUUCCUCUGGGCAGAGAGACCAAACGGAGGCACCACCGCAGCCACCGCGGCCACAGACACCACCGCAAGAGGAGAGACCGCUCGGACCAUGAAGAUGGACGAGAGUCUCCUUCCUAUGACACCCCGUCCCAGCGUGUCCAGUUCAUCCUGGGGACAGAGGAUGAUGAUGAAGAGCACAUGCCCCACGACCUGUUCACUGAGCUGGAUGAGCUGUUCUUCCGGGACGGACACGUCUACGAGUGGAGGGAGACAGCCAGGUGGUUAAAGUUUGAGGAAGACGUGGAGGAUGGAGGGGAGCGUUGGAGUAAGCCCUACGUAGCCACGCUGUCUCUCCACAGCCUCUUCGAGCUCCGCAGCUGCAUCCUCAACGGCACUGUCAUGUUGGACAUGAGAGCUAACACCAUUGAGGAGAUCGCAGACAUGGUGAUAGACAGCAUGGUGGCGUCAGCUCAGCUGGAGGAGGAGUUGAGGCAGAAGGUAAGGGAGGCCAUGUUGAAGAGACACCACCACCAGAACGAGAAGAAGCUCAGCAACCGCAUCCCUCUGGUGCGCUCCUUCGCUGACAUCGGCAAGAAACAAUCUGACCCACACCUGCUUGAGAGAAACGGCCUCCUGGCAUCCCCCCAGUCAGCUCCUGGGAACCUGGAGAACAGUAAACCGAGUGAGAGCCGCAUCAACGGAGGAAGCAGAGAGAACAGCACUGUGGACUUCAGCAAGGUGGACAUGAACUUCAUGAAGAAGAUCCCUCCUGGGGCGGAGGCGUCCAACGUGCUGGUGGGAGAGGUGGAAUUCCUGGAGCGACCAAUCAUAGCAUUCAUCAGGCUGUCCCCCGCCGUGCUGCUCACUGGUCUCACUGAGGUGCCCGUACCCACCAGGUUCCUGUUCCUGCUGCUGGGUCCGUUUGGAAAGGGUCCUCAGUACCACGAGAUCGGCCGCUCCAUCGCCACGCUGAUGACAGACGAGGUCUUCCAUGAUGUAGCGUACAAGGCCAAAGACCGGAACGAUCUGCUGUCGGGGAUAGAUGAGUUUCUGGACCAGGUGACCGUCCUACCCCCAGGAGAGUGGGACCCUACGAUACGAAUCGAGCCCCCCAAGAGUGUCCCAUCUCAGGACAAGAGGAAGAUGCCCUCAUUGCCCAAUGGCUCUGCCCAUAAUGAGUCCUUCAAGGAAGACCAGCACCAAGCAGGACCAGAGCUACAGAGGACAGGGAGGUGGGAUCUUUGGAUGGAUGUAAGGAGGAAAGCUCCGUUCCUGUGGAGCGAUAUUAGGGAUGCUCUGAGCCUGCAGUGCCUGGCCUCUGUGCUGUUCCUCUACUGUGCCUGCAUGUCCCCUGUCAUCACUUUCGGAGGCCUGCUGGGCGAGGCCACCAAGGGAAACAUCAGUGCGAUCGAGUCGUUGUUCGGGGCGUCUCUGACGGGCGUGGCCUUCUCCAUGUUUGCGGGCCAGCCACUCACCAUCCUGGGCAGCACCGGACCAGUCCUGGUCUUUGAGAAGAUCCUCUUCAAGUUCUGCAGUGACUACGACCUGUCCUACCUGUCCUUGAGGACCAGCAUCGGCCUGUGGACGGCCUUCCUGUGCCUCGUCCUGGUUGCCACGGACGCCAGCUCCCUGGUCUGUUACAUCACCCGCUUCACGGAGGAAGCCUUCGCAGCGCUCAUCUGCAUCAUCUUCAUCUACGAGGCCCUGGAGAAGCUGGUUCACCUGGGGGAACUCUACCCCAUCAACAUGAACAACAAGCUGAACAACCUCACCUUCUACAUAUGUCAAUGUUCUCCGCCGGUUAACGCCACGCCUGAGAUCCAGCAGGUCUGGAACCACAGCGGGGUCGCACCAGAAUCGAUAUCUUGGACCCAACUGGAUGUCAAUGAGUGUUCUAGGCUGCGUGGGGAAUUUAUUGGGCCAGCUUGCGGCCACCAUGGUCCCUACAUCCCAGACGUCCUCUUCUGGUCCGUCAUCCUCUUCUUCACUACCUUCUUCCUCUCCUCCUUCCUCAAGCAGUUCAAGACCAAGCUCUACUUUCCCACCAAGGUACGGUCGACCAUCAGUGACUUUGCGGUCUUCCUGACCAUCAUGAUCAUGGUCCUGGUGGACUACCUGGUGGGCGUUCCCUCCCCCAAACUGAAUGUGCCUGACCGCUUUCAGCCCACGUCUGAGAACCGUGGCUGGCUGAUCUCCCCGCUGGGGACCAACCCCUGGUGGACCAUGCUGGCUGCAGCCAUCCCUGCCCUGCUCUGCACCAUCCUCAUCUUCAUGGACCAGCAGAUCACCGCCGUCAUCAUCAAUAGGAAGGAGCACAAACUCAAGGUGAGAGACAGACUGGAAGACUGAUAUCUAGAGAGAGAGGUUGUGACUUGGAGGAAGAC